AUGCGGAACACUUCGUUGGGAGGUACUUUGUGCACUAAUUUUCCGACAAGAAUUAUUAUCACUCGUGGAAUUAAUGGACCAGCUCGUCCAUAUACCCCAUUUCCAAGUUGCGGUUCUUCGAACAUUGCCCUACUCAUGGCACGACGUAACACCAGCUCCUCAUGUAGACGACGUCGUCGGGCAUAUGUCAGACAUCGGUAUUCGCCAGAUGAAGUAAAAUUCGAUCAUCUGAUAGGUUUGCGUGGCCAAGCUCGGGGAACUCCUGCAGAUCCUAACAGGACUCGUAGACAGAUCCGUAGGCUGGGCUCUCGAGGAGGCCAAUCAGGAACUUUUCGUGCAAGCAGACCUCUUGAGGGUCUCGUCGCUUGCCUACCACCUGGCCACGGCGCCAUAAGCAUCCACUCUAAAUCCAGGACUACAGGGGCUUUAAAUCACUUUGGCAGAGGUUGCCUACCUAGUGAUAGGAUACUUGCGUGUGGCUCUAGUAUUUUAUCCUGUCCUAGAUUUGACCCCUCCAUUGCUUCUACCACU